AUGUGUCUUUUUCUGCUCAUCACUGAGGACACAUGUGGGGGCACUGUGGGGGGCGGCAGUGGGGUUGUGACCAGUCCCGGUUACCCCAACAACUAUGGUAAUCAGGCCGACUGUACUUGGAUCCUAUUGGCCGAGCCUGGAGACACCAUCUCUGUCAUCUUUACAGACUUCCAGACUGAGGAGAAGUAUGACUACCUGGAGGUGGAGGGCUCCGAGCCACCAACUGUUUGGUGA